AUGUCCCCGAGACGCUACGCACGUAGAUCCGUUCCGGCACCACCUCCCGUGGUGCCAGAACAGGCUGGACCUCCGGUAGCGCCAGAGUCAGCUGGGCCUAGCGAGGUGCAGGAGUUACGAGCGCAAGUUACCGCGCUAACCAGUCAGGUCGAGCUGCUCCAGGAACUUUUGGAGCGGCAUGUAGCGGCGGUGGCCGCGACGACAGUUGGAGGCCGUGGUCCGCCCGUGCCCUCAGCUCGCGCGCCUAAUGCGGCUGAGGGUGUGGGCAUUGCGGCAGCUCCGGCGGCGGCGCAUCCCCCGCCAGCAAGUGCUCCUCCGGCAGCUUCGGGUUCGGCGACACCCGAUGCGGCCGCCGAGGAGAUGGAGCGAGAGCGCUCGUUGACGGCUCUUAUCAGACUCAAGAAGUUCAACCCACCAAUCUUUGAAGGGGAGAAAGUGGAGCCGUCGAUGGUGGAGUCAUGGAUUGACUCAAUGGAGACACUUUUUGAGGAUCUCUAUACCUCUGAGAAAGACAAGGCGGAGAAUGGUGAUGCCCACGUGCGAGAAGAGCGCGAGGCGUCCGAAAAAGACAAGGGGAAGAAACGACCUGGCGGUAGCUUGGGGGGACAGUCUAGUUCCAAGAAGCCCCUGAAGCAUCCGAGGAGACAGUCCGAGAGCCAGGGACCCCUACGAUGUGUGAUCUGCGGUGGGGAGCAUCGCGCAGGAAACUGUGAGCAUAAGGCGGGACGGUGCUUCAGGUGUGGUCAGGCGGGGCAUAUUAGCCGUCAGUGCCCAGAGGGAUUGUCGCCUGCCCCGACUGCAGCAUCCGCCCCGGCGGCUCCGAGGCAGUUUGGUGGAGUUCCGCCUGCUGCCGUAUCCACGGGACGUGCGAUGGCGCCGCAUCAGCUUGAGGUGACCCGGUCGGCUCCGAGUAGUCGAGUGUUUGCCGCUCAAGUGGAGCGACCUGCUGGGGUCGAGGAGCGUUACAUCGUGCCAG